AUGCCAAACACUCCCGGCCAAACAUCAAUGUCAGGGGAAAAUGAACAUAGAAGUGAUGAACACAUUUCAAAUCAAAUAGAUGUACAACAACAGACAAGCAAAAGACAAAAAAGAAAAUACACUGAGGUGUGGAACUUUGGCAAACCAACGCAUACGUGCAGCGAUUGUGGAGCAAUUAUGUGGUAUGAGGAGCGUGCCAAAAAAGAUUCAAACAACAGUCUAACAAAAUUUUCAAUCUAUUGUAGAAAGGGAAAAAUUGAGUUACCUCUUUUACAAAACCCUCCAAUAUAUCUACAACAACUCCUCCAAAGUGAAGGUCCACAACUCAAAAAGCUUAAAGAACAAUCUAGGAUGUUAAACUCCAUAUUUGCAUUAACAUCAAUGGGAGGAAAGGUUGAUAAUACGAUCAAUCAAGGAAAUUCACCAUAUGUGUUUAGAUUGAAUGGCCAAAAUCACCACAAGAUAGGAUCAUUACUACCACAAAUCGGUGAACGACCAAGAUUCACACACUUAUACAUUUAUGAUACGGAAAAUGAAAUUUCAAACAGAAUUAACAGUUUGGGCAACAAUGGACAACACUCAAAUUUAAAUCCAGAUAUUGUUGACGCCCUGUCAAAGAUGUUUGACGAACACAAUGAAUUAACUAAGGCUUUCCGAAUGGCAAGAGAGAGGUUUGAAGAAAAUGAUCUUCAACCAAUCCGCCUUAGAUUGAUUGGCACCAGACAAAAAGAUGGUAGACAAUAUAACCUACCAACAUCAUCAGAAGUUGCUGCCCUAAUUAUUGGUACUGGUGACAAUGAAAAAGGCCACCGUGAUGAAAUUGUGGAACACCAAUCAGAUGGCCUAAAAAGAAUAUCAGAGUUGCACCCUAGCUUUAUGGCCAUGCAAUACCCAAUAUUAUUUCCAUACGGUGAAGAUGGAUUCCCAACAAAUAUUCCUCAUGCCGAUCAAGAAACAACAACAAGGGCUAGGAAAAUGGUAACAAUUAGAGAAUACUAUGCAUUUCAUUUCCAACAAAGACGUCGUGAGUCUAUAACAAGAUUUGAACUUGGAAGAUUAAAUCAACAAUAUCAAGUUGAUGCAUUUACAUGCUUACAAGAGUCACGAUUAGAAUGGGUUAGGGGAAACCAAAAAACAAUAAGAAAGGAAAUGUUGCGGGGACUUGAGGAUGCAGUUUCGCGUGGUGACACAACCCCUUCAUCUAUAGGACAACGCAUAGUGUUACCUUCAUCUUUCACAGGAAGUCCAAGAUAUAUGUUGCAAAACUAUCAUGACGCACUAGCAAUUUGUAAAUGGGCUGGCCCGCCGGAUAUAUUUGUCACGUUCACAUGCAACCCAAAUUGGCAAGAGAUCAUUGAAUUUUUGACAAUAAUUUCUGGCCAAAGGCCAGAAGAUCGGCCUGAUAUUAUAGCUCGAGUGUUUAAAAUAAAACUUGAAGAGCUAAUGGAAGACCUAAAAGAUAGAGGCCAUUUUGGAGAAGCCAAAGCAGCAAUAUACACAAUAGAGUUUCAAAAAAGAGGAUUACCCCAUGCACACAUUUUAUUGUUCUUGAAUGAAGAAGAUAAACCAAGGACAUCCGAAGACAUUGAUAGAAUAAUCAGUGCAGAACUGCCAGAUCCUAAAAAAAAACCCAGAUGCAUUUAA